UGUUUGUUGUAAGUCUCAUUUUCUCGAUUUUGUACAAUUAGCAGGCUGCUUUAGCAAUCUGCUUUUGAGUCAAUCAAACUUUUGAUUAAUUUGUGUCUUAAAAAAAAAAAUCAUAUUUCCUGCUUUUGUCGCUGAUUUGCAGAGUGUGGUGAACCGACAUCAGGACACGAGCCAUUUAUUGGACUUGUAAAAAGGCUCACAUUUGUACAUGUGAUGGUUGUAUGCCGAAGCUUAUUAUGCUAUCAGCAAGCGGCAUUAUGAAAGCAUUAAUGACAACACAUUUUGGGAGCUAAAUGACUUGCAGAGAGACCCUCCAGCUUCAUGUUCUGCUGGACCUGUAGGAGAAGACAUGUUUCACUGGCAAGCCACCAUCACAGGACCGAAUGACAGCCCUUACCACGGAGGAGUUUUUUUCCUUUCUGUCCAUUUUCCCACUGACUAUCCUUUUAAACCACCAAAGGUCGCCUUUACUACAAAAAUCUAUCACCCAAACAUAAACAGCAAUGGCAGCAUUUGCCUUGACAUCUUGAGGUCUCAGUGGUCCCCUGCUCUUACGAUCUCAAAAGUUUUGUUGUCCAUCUGCUCCCUUCUUUGUGACCCAAAUCCUGAUGAUCCGCUCGUCCCUGAGAUUGCACAGAUCUACAAGACAGAUAGACAAAAGUAUAACAAACUAGCUAGAGAAUGGACCCAGAGGUACGCAAUGUGACGGAAAAAUAUAAAGCAACAACUUCUGCCAGAACUUCUCAACAGAUGACAGUACUGUUCAAGUGCUUUCCCCACACUGGUUGUAACUGAGGUGUUUAAUAUGCUUAAUGCACUUUCUCUACUGAGGUUUUACUUGACUUACCCGUUUUACUAUUUUGGCAUUAUUGGAAUUAUUAUUCGGAAUAUUUUAUUCGAAGUGUUGCGGUGGAGCGACUGUAUGUUUCUUUGAACAGAUUUGUAUUUAUAUUUUUCAUUAUCUUGAAAUAAAGAUAUUUAGCAGAAUA